GCUGUGAUUGGUCACAGCAGGUCACAUAGUACCGGCAAUGGGGCACAGCACCUCGAUCCAUUGCCCGCUGCGUCUUCCAGACACAGUGGAACACCGAUCGUUGUAUGGGAUUCUCUGUGCGAGGUCCCGAUCAUGUGAUCACUGAUCGGCCAAUCAGUGAUCACAUGCUGAGUAGUAAGCAAGAUGUCACUUCUGACAUCAUUGCUUACUACGUGUGAAAACUGUGAAUGAUCACAGAGGUCACAUGGUACAGGACUACACAUGGCACAGGUA